AUGAGUGAAGCACCUACCAUAUUGGUUGUCGAAGAUGACCAAGCCGUUCGUCAGGGUGUCGUCGAUGCCCUGACGUUUGCUGGUUAUCAGGUGAUCUCGGCGGCAGAAGGGGCGACAGGGAAGAAGAUGGCGCUCACUGCUCGCUAUGAUCUGAUGCUACUCGAUCUCGUCAUGCCGCAUUGCACAGGCUUUGAGGUGCUGGAGGCCAUGCGUGCGGAAAGACCAGGCCAAGCAGUGAUUAUUCUCUCGGCCCGAGGAGAAGAAAAUGAUCGGGUCAAAGGCCUGACGAUGGGGGCGGAUGAUUAUGUGGUGAAGCCGUUUAGUGCACGCGAAUUAUUAGCGCGGGUGGACGCCGUGCUGAGGCGUAGCAGCGAGCGACGGGCCUUGUCGGAAAGUAUCGAAAUUAGUGGACGCCAAAUUGAUUUUUCGCGAGGCAAGCUCACGCACGAGGGGACUGAGCAUGACCUUUCAGAACGGGAAUGCGAAAUUUUACGUUAUUUGAUGACCAACGAAGGACGACCAGUCAGCCGAGAUGAGCUUCUACGGCAUGUCUGGGGGAUCACGGCAAAGAAUGUUGAAACGCGGACGGUUGACAUGCAUGUGGCGCAUUUGAGAAAAAAAAUGGGGGAUGGGGCGCAGGAAUUGAUAGAGACCGUUCGUGGAAAGGGAUAUUGUCUGAAGUCAUGA